AUGGCGUCGUUCGUCGGUGCUCCUCGUCAGGUUGCCGCUGUGGCCAGAUCCCUUACGAUUCCUAUAUCACCGGAGAAGGUGGUCUCUUUAACGAAGCGUACAAAGAAAAUUGUUACCAGCGUUCCAAGACAACUUACUCCAAGUGGUUUUACUACUUCCUUGCCCUUAUUUGCCACUGCAUCGGCAUCUUGCGGUAUUUCCGGUAUGCAGUUCAUCCCGUCUCCUUAUCUUCAGGGCCGCUGCAAGUCCGAUUUUCGCAUGUGGAUGUUACAAACGUUCCAGAUUUCUCAGCGUAUCGUGUGAAGUCUACUAAGGACCCACAUGCGCGGUCCUCGAAGACAGAAUUACAGCGGAAGGUUUUCUCGUACACCAUUGCCUUUGGUACGUAUUACUAUUAAUUUCUAUUACACUCCUGCCUCAUGACGACAAAUUCCAAAUCCUGCUGCACUCAACAGGCGCUUACCGUCAGUCCAAAAGCCUACGGACACCGGGUUCUGUAUUCCUUUCUUCCGCGAACGUCGACGCGGGAAAACGGAGUGCUACUAUCCCAUUGCGAGUAGGACAGUCGAAUAUGGGAGUUUUACUUUUGAUCUAUAAUUACCGGCCGUACAAUCGACACGCCUAAGUAAUCAUAUGCGCUAUUUCGCACUUUACUUGCCCGACGGUCACUAAAUAACUGAACUGUUAGCUCGGUCCAGUUUGCUUCAAGUCGAAUCAUGCUAGUUUUAAGGCCAAGAUAUGGCUUAGUAUGUUAGCUAGCAUCAGGCCUUGUCUCUUUCCACUUGCCGCAAGGGCUUUCAUCCUCUAACAACAUAGGACGGUAAAUACCACUGUUGCUGUUGUGUUUGGUCACCCAUUGUUUCUCAGUUAGAGGAACGCUCACUGAUCCUCUUACGGAACUUAGUCGUGUUGUGCCCUAGGGCUCUCUCUAUCGAGGCCAACCAGCAACCGCACAACAGCGCGUAGUUUAGACGGAGUUCCUUAACACGAUUGGUGAGCGCCCCACGAUCAUCGUAUGUUCACGAUUGCAACCGACAGGACGAGCCCGUGGCGCAGUGGUUAGGGGUCGGGUGUUCCACGCCUCGGAGUUGGGUGUGGCUGGCUGACGACGAAUAAUAAGCCAGAAAUAACCAAUUCCGUCUCCCUUAUCUCUGUUGGUAAUGUUACUCUGUUUUUCUGUUGCUGUCAGUCGCAACAUGCCUUUGUUUGGCAAAGAAGCAUUCCGACAAACAGUUUUAUAUUCUCGGCCUAAUGACUUGGUGUACCGUCGCUAUGCUUAUGUUUGGUUACCCAAGCGCCGGUUUUUACGACCGUUAGUCGCCAAGUCGUAUACCGCGGAUGUAUUACGAGCACUGUCUGUGUUGUUUGCCCGGACCUCUUAUGGGUGAAAAGUUAUGUAAUCAAAUGCUGGUGCUUACACUGCCAGUCAGGCUUAUUGCGUCACAGUUAGCUCAAGUCUUCCCAUCCAUUAUACGAACUAACACUUCGGGCUGACACUCGCGACGCAUGUAGGCAGGACCAGGUCCUCGUCCGCGCUAAAUUUUUUGACUUGCUUAUUUACGUUCACAGUUUCUUGGCGUUCGGUUUGCUACUGAUUACUUCAUUAAGCUAUCAAGACUUUUGUAGUAAACGAGUGAGACAUGCCUGCGCUAGCACUGCAAGAAAUCUUAACAGUAGGCUUCGCACCGAACGCCACGGAUAAAUUGUCGACUCAACGCACAUUCUGAUUCCAACUGCUACCGGUUACAUGUUCUCUUUGAGUUCCUGCGCUUCGCGAGUGCAGUGUUAGACGUAUUAUUGACUCCCGCUAAUACUUUUUAGCGGGCACGGUACUCGCCACAACAACAGCGAAAUACGCGGUAACAACCAUGGUCCAGACACUGGGACCAUCAGCGAAGACGUUGGCCCUAGCUAGCAUCGAAGUUAAUCUCGCAGGUAUACCCGAAGGGAAGAACUUGGUUGUCAAAUGGCGGAACAAGCCACUUUUCGUCCGUCAUCGUACGCAAGAAGAAAUUGAACGCGAGCGGGCCGUACCGCUUUCUGACCUGCGCGAUCAACAAAGGGAUGAGGAUCGCGCGGAGAAUCCAGAAUGGCUCGUUUGCAUCGGUGUUUGUACUCAUCUAGGUAAUUUCCAUGUCCUUUCUACUUUCCUUCUUCACGUAGUUUUUUUUUUGACGCAAGUCAUCAUAUGGCGCUCCUACGCGCGAUGGCUUUGUUACUCGCGAUUACUACAUAACGAUUUGGUUUUUCGCAGCGGAUUUAACCCAACAAACUUACUUAUACAUGUUGAGGCUGUGGCCAUAUCCGGUCUGCUUGGUCUCAGGGAUUUUGCGGAGAAUGCCUUGUAUGUAACGAUCAUCGACAGCAAGCAUGGAAAACCCGAUUCAAUCUUUCCUCCAGCGACGAAAGUCAAACACCGAAGGCCAAAGAACCGCCCCCAUUUUUGGCCAACGUCGUCAAGCUACGUUUUGGGUGAUCUUAAUGUCUUGAGGUGGGCAGCGGCAGAUAAUGAAAAAAGUGCCAGUGCCAUCUCAGUUGCCUUUCGCGGAUGAUUUGAAAUAUCCUCUUGAUAUUGUAGCGACCGUGGACUGUUAUUUGAGAGGAUGUGGGUAUACAUCACUUAAAGGACAUUUAUCAGGCAACAGUGGUCGAGUUUUUCCCGUCUUUCGCACGCACAAACCUGCAUAGACAACCGUAUAGGAGGGCUGGCCCGCCGGAUGUCCGGUAUUUGCGGAUCUUGGUGGUGAUAGGGAUAUCGUGUCGGACCCAUGGACCUUUUCUAUGGAUUAUUGAGACCACGAAUGUUAUCGAUUCGGGAGAAAAUAUUGCCCUUCUUCCGUCUGCUUAGCAGGAAUUUAGCCCCGAGGUAUUUGAAACUACAUUAUGGUGACAGCCAUCAGUUUUAAGGGGUUAAACUAUUCCGGUAAGUAGUGUCGCUCGGGAACACUGGUCUUCCCAGCCUUGGUAGAUAAGUCAAUUGAUUUAGCAACCUCGUUCAUCUGUGUCGCUACAGCCUACAGGUCACCACAGAUUGACGCAAGGACGAUAUCGGUAGCAUAGCCUAGAUUAGUCAGCCGGCGCCCAGGUGCAAAUUUGACAGUCUAAACUGCGUGGGGCCUAGAUAAUCCGGUCAGUUUUGCAUUUGAACAGCAGUCAACUAUGUGAUACGCCAGAUGGGAUAUCGAGAGAGGGGUCGCUAUGAACCAGAACUCGCAUAGUAGUGAAACAGUGGGCCUUGAUGGAAGUGAUGCUUUCUGCCUGUAUGUUACUCAAUUAUUUGUCUUCCACAGGGUCAAUAGUGAAAUCAACAAAGCGGACGGUUGUUGGUUGUUAUUCGGGAAUUUUAGAACGCGUUAGUGUAAAUACGUGAUCGGCGCAACCGCAAACAGUGUGUUAUCCGACUUGCUUUGGUCUCGUUUAUGAAACACGGGUGUUUUAAGGUCGCCUGAGAAUUGCGAUACCAUAGACCUUUACAUCAACUUUUACGAGAAUAAUGCCGCAGCAUUUAUCAUAAUUUAUCUUAUCUACCUCAGCAGCGAUUCCGUCCUCCACAGCUGUGUUUCAAGGCCCCACUUUUGUAUAUAUGGUUUCUUCUGGAAGAGGUAUUCACGCGACAUUACAUAGGUUGGAGACAGGUGAAACGCUGUUGCAAGGGGGGAGAGAGAUGAUGGGUUGAUAAUAGGAGUUGGCAAAGUAUUGGAAUUGUUCGAAUCACCGUUCGACUUCUCCCGAGUUCUCGGUACUAAAGCCACCACUCGCAUCGCGAACAGUGCCAUUCUUUUCAGGGGGCCUACGACCAAAUUGACGAAUAAUUGGGUCGAAUUUUUAUGGACCCUGCCGUGUAGACUACUACUACUUCUGCUGCUGCGACUGCCACUACUGCUGCUGCUGCUGCUACUACUACUACUACUACUACUACUACUACUACUACUACUACUACUACUACUACUACUACUACUACUACUAACCAUUUGCAUCACAAAGUCGACUGCUGGACGGCCCAUUAAAGAUAAGUUCUGAUCGCAACUGCAAAAAUUGACAAAUGGUCUCCCGUCAAUCCACUAAUCUUCGCUGGUGAUUAGAAUAGGCGGACCUAGUCAGACAACCCUCAAAACAGUGCCCCUAUUGGCCUCUUCAACCCGGGUUCUCUACAUGGCCUUGAUGGAGGACCGCUGAGUUUCUGGAAACAGUCCUGACGUUCGGUCAACAUCUUCCAGUAUCACCGCAAACAUCUGUUGGAUGUUUCAACGAUGCUCGCACUGCCAGUCCGGCUCAUUACAUCACAGUUAGCUCAAGUUUUCCUAGCCGAGGGCAUUAUACAGACCAAGGCGUCGUGCUAACACUCGCAACGUAUGUAAGCUGGAUCAGGUCCCCGUCCCCGCAAGCCUAAAAGACCACUUUCCCUCUUCCCCAAAGUCCCGCGUGCGAGCAUAUAAGUUUACGUUGAUCCAAUACAAUCAGUUGGUAACCUUCCAAACCAUGGGUUUCAGUUCGUUGGGAUACGUUCAGACGCGUUAAAUUUAACCUUUUGCACCAAAGAAUGGGAUGCACCCGCGUUCUUGACUACUAAGAGGUAUUUAAAUAGCGACGAAUAGGACUUUGCAGUUCUGAGUUAUUUUCCUGUAUACAGUCAGAUUCGAGGGGAUUUCAUAGAGAGCUCGAUUGUGAGGAAGCGGGGAUGUGCCCUGUGUCUGCAUGGUUCUGCAUUGACCACAAAGAACUAUGUAUGCGGUAACUUCGCCAAAGUUCGGGUCAUAUUACAUUUAGAUGUGUGUAGGUACUCCUCUCAGCUAGCUGUCGCCGUCUGGAACGAGAAGUGAUAAUAACAUACGCAAUAGAGCAUCCACACACUAUACAACAACUGGCCUCUCUCAUGAAAUGCUAUAUGAAAUCCCGAAGUGUUUUCGAUUAGAAAGAAUAACCUGGGUGAAAUGUUAUUGAUAAUCUUGCAGCAUAAUCCUAAGAUGCUUCGGGCACGCCAGGAUGCCAUCUUUUGAAUGAGCUGUCCGGCUGCCAGUGAAAGUCACUUUGGGUUAAAAAAAGAGGCUACUUAAGUAACAUACCUAUCGUUCAUCUUCGAUUCCCUUACAGAUUUAGAUAUAUUGCAUAGAAAGCAUCCACAAGAAUAUUCUUUCUAGCACUGUUUGGUAGCAGAUGACAUCGUCGAAUUUUAUGUUUCAAAAAACCUUUUUAAUUCCCGACUAAUUUUGAACCCGACCAGCAGUUGCACUUGUGUUUGGCAUUCCCAAACUACAUGCUGCAAGCUCAAAGUGUAAGAACAAUCACGCGCAUCUCUAUACUGUUUAGAAGACGUCAUAUAUAAUACGUAAAAGUUUGUAAUACUUGUGGGUCAUGUUGCAAACUUCUUAAGAAUUAAAUUGACAGGCCCGGUGUUGUAUGAACGGACAUUGCACGUUCCUUAAGAAUCUCAAAAUUACAAACCUCCAAUUAAUCGAAUGUACUGUUUUCUUGAGUAUUGAGUCCAAAGAAAACAAAAUUUCCUACAAAAUGAGCACCACAAGAAAAUCCUUGGGGAUGUUUUCCAUCACAUAAAUUGGAGUUGUAAGGACACCGAAGGUGAAUGGAAAUGAUGCAUAGUAAUUGAAUAACCAUUUUUUACGGAAUAUGGUUUGUGCAGUCAGCCGGAAGAGAGCUUAUUCAAAAGACGGCAUCCUGGCGCGAUUGAAGUAUUUUGGGAUUAUGCUGCACGAUUAUCAAUAUUAUAACCCCGCCCAAGUAAUCCCAUCUAACCGAAAACGCAUUUUGGAAUUUCGAUUAACCGUUCGUGAGAUAGGCCAGAUACGAUAGUUACAUAAAAGUACCAUCUGACCAGAUAUUAACGCGCCAUUGACUUAAACGUUGUGCCCACACCUGCUGCUAACGUCCUCGAGACGUGCUACGGAUAGGUAGUAGUUCGUCUCUCGAGGUAUUUUAUCCACAAUAAAAUUGCUACUUGGCUUCGGAAGGACAUCGCCACGCGUCACCUCAUUCGCCACCGCGAAGGCCUCCGGCGUCAGUCAAUUGUAGCUCGUCCGAUCAUGGCAUCGCGAAGUACCUGGCGAUCAUGAACCGUCAGGAACAUUCAAAUUUCCUCACUACUUCCCCAAGACUGUCUCGGUUCAUGGUGUCAAAGGCCUCCAUGAGAUCCACGAGAGUGGCAUAAGUGCUGAUAUCCAUUUCCCCACAUUUACUGUGGUUGCCAGAUUGCGAAGAUUAUGUCGGUAGGUCCGCUACGUUUCGGUAAUCAGCUCUCAGCAAAAAUCCUUCAAAUAGAACAUGGACGAAGAUGUUGCUGGAAGUGCCGGGAAGAGAGAUGACCAGUGAUUUCUGUGAAUUUCCCAUUUCUCCUUUAUUUAUGUGGAUGAACAGCUGUGUCCUGUAAAUCUUGUUGAAUUUCUUCUUGUUUCCACAUCCACUAAAACAGGGAAGUUUGUCUGUUCGUGGAUUGAGACCACCGUAUGCCAGCUUUCGGUCAGAACUGAGUCAGGGCCUGAAGACUUCAUUGGACAUUCUUUGCAGUGUUCUGACUGUUUCUUGCAGGGCCGAUGAGGGAUGAGGAUGUACGUUAGUCUCCCUCGAAGAAUUAUUUAGUUUCCCAACAGACCAUAGGUGAGCGGCUUAGGAUGUCCCUGAAGUGCACGACAUAGCGUCGCAGUUUCUGUGGUUUCUUUUCCAGUAGGGUUGUUCCAUCUAAGAUGAGUAGCAGCGCAAUUCCCGUGGGUUGGGGAUCGUAGACUGCGUUGAUUUCCGUCAAUGAAUUCCCAGCGUUACUUCACCCUGCGUCUCCUUUGGGUCUUGUCCUCCCUAGUUGUCAUACAGUUAUUUUGCACCUCCCAAAGUCAAUGUUGUGUCUGGUAGUGGCAUGAGAAGGAUGCGUUUCUAGCUUAGGCCGUGUUGUUUCCAAAACUGUUCUGUGCAGUAAGGUCUUUUUGGCGUCUGUCGCUGCAUUUCGCCACCGUCUUCGAACCGACAUUGAUGAUUUCGCCGUUCACUUCAUCAGCGGUGGUGUAGAUGAUAUUCCACAGUCUCUGCCAAUUGCCAUCAACUUUUUUCCUCUAGGAUUUGCACUCGGCACAAUUUACAUGUUAGAGAUUUAUUGCCGGCGUUCGGCCACGUCCACUGCAUAAGUGUUCAACUUUCUUGGAGCUUUUUUUCCCAUGAGGCCUCCAUGUAGUUAGAUUUGCAGCCUCAUUUUCGGGACAAUAAAGUGACCAGUCUAGCAUCUAACCUCUUACUCUGCCUUCAUCACGCACACGCCACAUCAACCACACUCCCUGAUGAGCAGUCGUCACGGAUGCGGUCGAUAAUACAUCCAGGUUGUCUUCUUGAAAUUGGGAGGUUUAAAGGUAGUGUCGGUGACACGCAGGCUAUGUUCUAUACGGGUCCUCAGCAGAAGAAGUCUGCUGCCACUUCAGUGGUCUGCGCCUUGGUUAUCAAACGCCCCUCCCCAUGCAGUGUGGGCUUGAAGUCACUGAAAACAAUCAGUUUGACUGGCUUUCGACACGAGCACGAGGAGGAGGCCGUGUGGAACUUCCCUUGUGUAGAACUACCCUUUUGUGUGGGACUUGUUAUAUUAGGGGCGUAGACGCCGAGAAUGGUGAUAGGCUUCCCCCUGCCGAUUUGGAGCUUUUCUGAAAUGCGACGCUCGUUGCUUUUGUAGGGCAGGAAGGCAACUUCCUGGCAAGGUUGAUUCUGACGCCAAGGCAGCUUCCGGCUCCACAUGGUUCAUCAUUGAGACGAUAGCCCCGUAAGAUGUGCAUUUCACCAACUUCGUUUGACAGUUAUCGUUUCAAGAGAUGAGCCUUGUUGAGUGUGGUUACACUCGUAUUGUAACGAGACAUUUCUCGGAUAACCAAUGCAGUCUUUGAUGUGUUGGCCAUCGGAUCGUCAGCUGAGAACGAACAUCUUGCACUGUCAGAGUGACCGAGGCCAUUCUGACUGGAGGGUAGGGGAGGCGAAUUCUGGUGUGCGGUGCUUCUACCGUGUGCUUGGCAUCCACGGACUACAAUCAGCCUACAGACGGCGGUUGCCGGCAUGCGGCUGAUGUCCAGAGAACACUUUACUACCACAGAUGAGGGUUAUUUGGGAAGUGAGAACAAUUUUGAGAGGUCGGGGCAACCACUGGUCCAUCACAAGGUAUAUGUGAACCCUUCUCCAAACUCAGAAGACCGGUCCUGCUGGACAGUCCGAAUCAAGGAAGAUGACCGUCAUUGAAUUCUCUGCCUACAGAACAGCGAAGAAUAUUCUUCACUUCCCCCGUCCACGCCGCAAUAGCUGGAUCAGUUCAAAACCUCUAAUUUUUCAGCUCUUAUCCCCCUAGUUAGGUUCCGUAAUAACGAGUUCUUCAUCCGACUCCGCAAAAUGCCUGCCACGUCAUCUGGAGGAGACGCAAGAGUUAUUUUGCUGAGCUGUCAUUUCGUUGAACUUGUUACAUCAGCGAGAAAUUUGCGGUGUUGUCCCAUUUUUGUUGCUGCUUUACACGGGCUGUAUUCAUCCCAACCAUACGAAGUCCGUUUAAGCUAAUGUUACAUUUUGACUUUCCCCACUUCUAUGGCUAGGAGUAAAUUGUCCAAAUCAUUUGUGUUUGGUUUAUUUCUAGGUUGCGUCCCAAUAGCCAACUCGGGAGAUUACGCAGGCGGCUUCUACUGUCCUUGCCAUGGUAGUCACUAUGAUGCUUCUGGCCGUAUACGCAAGGGCCCUGCUCCGCUCAAUUUAGAAAUCCCUCCUUACAGAUUUCUGGACGAAAAUACGCUCGUCGUUGGCUAG